GUAGUCAAUGAAACAGCUAAAAAUGCAGAAGUUGACGUCCAUGCUGACAGCAUCAGCACCGCUACAGCUACUGAAGAGAAGCGACCACAAUUUGGAACUCGGCUGCUUAAGGUCAAUGACGAUGUCUUUAAGCACAACGCUUGGUAAAUAUCUCUCCAGUCAACGGUAUUUGGCCAGCACAAAAUGGGAACACACGCGCAAUCGAAAGAAACUUUUGGGUGCGGGAUCUCGCAGACUGACAGAUGCGCGUGAAGUGUUCGAGUUUAAUGCCUGGGAUCAUGUUGAAUGGGAUGCUGAACAAGAGCAGGCGGCUGAAGCCGCUGUUAAGAGGAACUCGGAGACCAAAAUGAGCAAUAAUGAACGCGAACGUUUUAAAGCAGAUGCUCCAAAGUUCUGGGAUUCUUUUUAUGGCAUUCACGACAAUCGUUUUUUUAAGGACCGUCAUUGGCUAUUUACAGAGUUCCCGGAGUUGGCGCCCAUGGAAACCAUAGAUGCACCACGUAGCAUUUUUGAGCUAGGUUGCGGAGUAGGCAACACCAUUCUGCCCAUAUUACAGUACAGCACAGAACCACAACUAAGGUUAUACGGCUGUGAUUUCUCUGCACGCGCCAUUGAAAUUUUGCGAAAUCAACCACAGUUCGAUAAUAGACGCUGCGAUGUCUUUGUGAUGGAUGCUACACAGGAUCAAUGGCAGGUGCCAUUCGAAGAGAACUCACAGGACAUUAUUGUAAUGAUCUUCGUUCUCUCCGCAAUUGAACCUACCAAAAUGAAACAAGUUCUAGAGAAUUGCUAUCGGUAUUUGCGGCCAGGUGGUCUGCUUUUAUUUCGCGAUUAUGGACGCUACGAUUUGGCGCAGCUCCGCUUUAAGAGCGGCAAAUGCUUAGAGGAUAACUUUUAUGUUCGUGGUGAUGGUACAAUGGUGUAUUUCUUUACGGAACAAGAGCUACGAGACCUUUUUACUGCUGUGGGACUACAAGAAGUUCAGCUCAUUGUGGAUAGGCGACUGCAGGUCAAUCGGGGACGUUGCCUCAAAAUGUAUCGGGUCUGGAUACAAACAAAAUUUAGAAAACCGCUGGAACAGCCGUGAACUUUAGCAGUCGAUUAUGAGUUUGUUUAAUAU